CUCUCCGAAAUCUUUUGACCAUUAUUACUCUUUUAAUACAUGUAUCAGUAUAACAACCCAAGUUGAAAGAUGAAACAUGUUUGAUGAAUCAUCAUAAACGAGUAGUGGCUGCUGGUGGUUGGCAAUUUAAGUACUAGCUGAAACUACAACAAUACCCAGAGCACGCCGAUGUCAUCCCCAUCAUGGAUCAUAUCUGCGAAGGACACGUAUGCACAUCGUUUUCUGUCUUGGUGUCAAUGUAAAACUCAAGAAAAUUUUUUUUUGCAGAUGGCAGACAUGCAACAAGAGUAG